AUGCCGGUCUGCGAGGCCUGCGGCGUCGCCCACGCGAAGCUGCAGUGCGCGCGCUGCGGCCAGGCCUGGUACUGCGGCCGGGCCUGCCAGAAGCGCGACUGGCGGAGCGGCCACAAGCACUCCUGCGCGGACCGCGCGGCGCUGACGGACGUCGACGGCAACGCGGCGCAGAAGCGGCCGUCGCCCUUCGGCGCGGCGCCGCGGGAGAUGUACAUCCCCCAGGACGAGGCGACGGCCUUCAUCGAGAGCCGCGAGGAGGGCUUCUGGGAGGGCGUCAACGAGAAGGGCUGCGCGCUCUUUCCCGGUUUGCGGUGGAUCUACACGGCGAACGUCACCGCGCCGGGCGGCCGCCACUACUGGAUCGUCGAGGGCACGUCGGAGAAUCUGCUGCUGGCGGUCUGCACGCGGGAGGACGGCACCAUGUCCUGCCAGAGCCGCGAGGAUCUCGCGGAGCGCGGCUGGGACCGCGCGCGCAUCGAGGUCGCCUACGAGGAGCACCGCGCCUUCGCGGAGAACAUGCGGCGCAUGGUGGAAGGAGACCCCUGGUCGAUCCGCGACAAGCCCCUGCUCGUGCGCUGCGAGCACGACAGCGGGGGCUACGCCUGCCGCGUGCUGAUUUUCGACGAGGAGAACGUCGGCGACGUGACGUCGCUGUCCUGGUGGCGGCCCGCGCUGAGCCACGAGCGGGUCCUGGAGCUCGACGCGCGGCGCGAGGCCGCGCGGGCCGUCGAGCAGGCGGGGGAUCACGAGAACGCGGUCGUGGCCUACGACGACAUCCUGGGCGCGCUGCUCGCGAAGUGCCUCUUCUCGCGGGCCUCGUGCCGCCUCGCGCUCGGCGGGCGCGACAACCUGCGGAGCGCCUUCGAUGACAGCCAACGGGCGCUGACGAACUCGAGGCACUCGGGCUGGUUACGAGCUGGAUUGGAUGAGGACGCGGUCAUCUUGGCCGACGACUUCGAGCAGCUCCGAGGGCGCAUGAUCGAUGCGAUGGGCGACCUCAGCGAGGCGCUGGCGGCGCGGCCCCGGGCGACGCACGUCGACGGCGUCAUGGACUGGCAGAUCAAGCAGAGGGAAUUCGAGGCGCAGAAGGCGCGG